UGAGGUUUGGUGUGGGAGAGUGAGUGGUUUACAAAGUGACAAACGUAAGAAACAACUUUUAUUCCAAAUCUGUUUAUUGGAAUAUAUUGAGGCUUUGAUCAGAUAUAUAUAAUCUAUGUAACGUUUAGUUAUUAUUGGUCAUCCAUAGAUGAAGUAAUUUCAUUUAAUUCAAUUUAAUUAAAUUCAGAGCUUGUGGGUUGAGACGGUGUCUGACGUGUUGGUUUUUCCCACGUGACUUGAACGCAGCAUCAGAUGAUGAUGAGUUCGGGUCACCAGCUGCAGUCUCUCUCAGGUGUGGUCGAAACUCUGACCGGUCCGCAGUCCCAGUCUGCGGCGUCCUUCCGUGGACAUGAGCCGCCGCCCGAGCACCGGCGUUACCGCACAUCACCGACUCCACCUCCACAGUGAGGCUCCGUGACAGUUUGACCGGGGAGAAACGGAAGUUUUCCGGCGUCGUAAGUUGUUGAGUGUCGGCCAGGCCAGGGCCGGGCCCUCACGCCGACUCACCAGACUGAAGGUUUGGACGUUUUCUCGGUCUCCGCCGAGAACCGCCGCAGGUCUUACGAACACGCGCGGACGUGUUCGAGGCCUGUCGUGACUUGUGGAUUUCCCCUGACGGUUUGAUUCUCCUGCUCGUGGGUGAACACUCGGCGCAAACAUCUGUUCUUCUUCACGUGCAAACGAUUCCUGAUUUGAGCAGCGAACCCUGAACCUUGUUUAGGACCAAAGGAGAGAUGAACUCAAAGAGACGUCAGCAGACGCCGCUGGACUUCCUGUGAAAAGAGGAACGUUGUAGUUUCUCACUUCUUUCACAAAACAGGGAUGGGGAAGUGAAGGCGUCCAGGGCCAGAAGUGGGUGUUCAGUCAUUGGGUUGUCGCUCAUCGCCACGGCGCCUUGGACAGUCCAGGGUCCACGCCGCGCGGACACAAUCUGCCGAGGAACAAGGUGCCACAGCCGCGGGGCCCGCGUCGAGGGCAAAGGUCACAUUGUCAAAGAGAUGCUCCCCUGCUGUCCCUGUGUCGCUCUGACAUCGUAGCGUUCACAAGCUGCAGCGGUGAGAAGGAGAAUCAUCCGAGGGAAAGUGAGCGAUGGCCGGGAAAGACUACAAUCAUCUGUUUAAACUGCUCAUCAUUGGAGACUCCAAUGUGGGGAAAAGCAGCCUCCUGCUCCGCUUCGCUGACAACUCCUUCUCCGGCAGCUACAUCACCACCAUCGGCGUGGACUUUAAGAUCAGAACAGUUGACAUGGAAGGAGAGCGUGUGAAGCUGCAGAUCUGGGACACAGCGGGUCAGGAGCGCUUCAGAACCAUCACAUCCACAUACUACAGAAACACACACGGCGUCAUCGUCGUGUACGAUGUGACGAAUCCAGAGUCGUUUGUGAACGUGAAGAGGUGGUUAAAUGAAAUCUCGCAGAACUGCGAUAACGUCUGCAAGAUCCUGGUGGGAAACAAGAACGACGACCCGAGCAGGAAGCAGGUGGAUACCCAGGAUGCAAUGCGUUUUGGGGAGUCGGUGGGUGUUCGCGUCUUUGAGACCAGUGCCAAAGAGAACAUCAAUGUGGAAGAGAUGUUCAUGACCUUCACCCACAUGGUUCUGCGGGCCAAGAAGCAGAGUCAGAACCGAGCGGAGCGGGAACGCGAGCGGGAGAAGGACACGGUCAACAUCAACGCCCAGAGAGACCGAGAGCGGCGGAAGAGAGGGAAGAAAUGCUGCUGAGGAGAAGACGCCGCUCGACACUCGCAUGGACGCCUACAGGUGAAACGGCGUCACUGCAGGUCGUUGUCGGACCUGAAUGUGUCGGCACACGUGGCAGCCUGCAGGUUACACGACUUAAAGGACCAUUCACAUGUUUUUGUUUGGUUUGAAGGUCCAGUGUGUGACAUUCAGGAGGAAACUUCCCAGAAACUGUCACGGUUUAAGUGAACAAACACUUAAUAAUGACAUAAAAAAGCUCCUUCUAAGGACGACUUUUUUAAAAAACUACUUUAGCCAAGGGCCUUGCGUGGAGGAGGCGGCCAUCUUGUGCCUCUGCGUUUCUCCAGGAGCCAGAGCAAAGGUUUGAGGAGGACGACAACGUUCUUUCUGGACUGUGAAGGCCACCGUAGUUCAGAAGCACUGGAGAGGAGGAGAAAGGACAACUUGUGUGUGUGUGUUGCAGUCUGCAGACUCGCCAUUAGAUGUCACUAAUUCUAACACACUGGACCUUUAAAUCUGUAAUAUUUCACAUUUGUGAUGCAUUUAAAAAGCCUGAGGAUGGAGAAGGCCACAGAUGUCUAAUGAUUGUUUUAUUAAUAUUAUUAACCUCAUGAUCGAUCGCUUAUUUUGAUUUAUGAAAUGUCUGUAAAAAUAAAAACAAAAACGUGCACAUUAA